GUUAUAUUCAUGCCUGAGGUCUGCAUUCAGCAUUUUUAGCUUAUAUCAGUGUUUGGAACUCAUGUCAUUCCUUUCCCAUUUAUCUGAUCUCUGUACCAUAUAAGCAGGGCUCAAAAACACAUAUGGGAGGCACCAUGCGCCUUGGAUCCAGGAGAACAUAUUUCCAGUCUACAGACUGCAAAUCAGCUAAACUGUGAGUAGUAACUUAAAAAGAGAUAAAUAAACACAUUUGUUUUGUAUGUUUCGCAUACAUUAGUAAUUCGAAACAUUUCUUUUUUAUUAACCUGAAUUUUCAUAAGAACCAAAACUUACUGCUGCGCAUAGAUUAAUCCGUAACUUGAUAUGAAAAUCAGAAGGUACCAACAUGCUGAAUCAGAUGCCAAUGUUGGCUAACCUGUCAAUUUUUGCAAUGUUUUAGAUAUGGAAACAAACGCUUUAUUGAUGAGAGACAUCGGCACAGAUAUGAGGUAUUUAGCAUCCCAAUUCAAAAUAUUGUCUUCUGAGACACUAUUUUGGUAGAAGGAUUAAUUUUUGUUGCAUUUAGGUGAAUCCUGACAUGGUAACACGCCUUGAAACUUCCGGCCUCUCUUUCACUGGCAAGGAUGAAACUGGCCGGCGCAUGGAGAUUGUUGAGCUACGUAAUCAUCCCUAUUUCAUCGGUGUCCAGUUCCAUCCUGAAUAUAAAUCAAGACCAGCAAAACCUUCUGCUUUAUUCCAAGGGCUUAUAGCAGCAGCAUGUGGGCAGUUGGAUGCUCUUUUACCAAGCUCUGAGAGGAAAAGGAGUGCAUCAUAUGGAGCAGGCAACGAUUUUGAAGGAGCAUGUGGGCAGUUGGAUGCUUUCCUCCAGGCCUCUCCAGAGGCGAAAAGGAAUGUUCCGAAUGGAGCAGGGCACGAUGUAUAUACAGCCAAAACAUGCCAAAAUGGAGGUGCAACCAAACUUACUAAUAGACCUCAAGACGGUGUGUACAGCAUUUUUAACGGGAUGCACUUGUGAGAAGGCAUUAUAGGUGUGGUUGCUUCUAUGUUGUAGGAAAUGUUUCUUUGUGGUGUGGCUUAGGGAAUUUUACUUGCAAGAAGGCGCUUCUCUUAGGUUAUAUAUCGUAGGAAUGUUUGUACAGUCAUUGGGGUGUGGUUAGAUCAUGUAUUAGCCUUUCCAAAGACUCAAACGUAGAAAUGAAGCUGAGUCCUGGUCUUUUUACACAGGACACAGCUCCUCAAAGUCUCGAGUUUGUUUUGGGACUUUUAGAACCCCUACCACUGCUUCCUAUCCUCGUUUUCUUCUUGUUUUAAAUGGAUUAAGCACUUGUAUUCCAUGUACUCUUUGUUUCGAUGCUUAUCAAAUCAUUUUUCUUGUUU